AUGAGUGAGGAUAGCUUUUCAGAGGAGCUGCAAACUCGCACGCGGCGGCAGCAUGACCUCUCCAACACCCUCGUCAAUUUAUCAGCGCCACUGGCUCUCUCGUCACCCGACGUGUACCGGCUGCUCCUCGUAUCUUGGUACUGGAUCUACAAAACAGUCGAAACAAAAAUGGAACAUUUCAGGCUUACCUAUCCGAAAGUGGGCGCAAUUUAUUUUCCCCAACUGCUUCGCACGGGAGCCUUCGAGGACGACCUACGCUUUUAUUACGGUUCGGAUUUCGAAAAGAGAAUCAUGCCACCGUCUAAGGCUACCGCGGACUACAUCAAAAAUUUCGUCCAAUCUAUCGAGAACGACCCGGUCUGUAUCAUCGCCUAUUGCUACACUAUGUACUUGGGCAUGUUUGGUGGUGGCCCCAUUGUGAAGAGGUGGGUUCGCUCUGCAUUCUCUUUACCGCCGGGAAAGGGUACAAAGAUUUUUGAGUUUUCUGAUACUAUCCCAGACAUUCCAAAGUUUAAGAAAGAAUACAAAGAUGCAAUGGACCGGAUAGCGCUGAGCCGCGAUGAGAAAGAAAGGAUUGUUGAAAUGAAGAAGCAAGUUUUCGCACACAACGAUACGAUCUUUGCGGAAAUUCGAAAAACUGCAACAUACAACAGGCGUGUCAUCUCCGUUGUCGUCAAGUACGCUCUUCUUUUUGUCGUGCUGCUGGGGACGUUUCGCUUCUUGUUUGACGCCUCCUUCCGAACGCAUGCACGGGAAAUUUUCUUCGCCGUAACUUCGUGGGUUUCUUCACGAACGACGGAUCUCGAUACGUAGCAGCAAAGUCCACACUAGGACACACAAUUUGUGCCACAUGUGUUCCCAACGCCUCAUAUAGCUUAAGGUCUAGGGUACUCACUAUCAGUGAGGGCGAUCUUGAGAAGAAGAAGGCCCAUACGGGUAUACAAAACCAAAAGCCUCGUGGUAGGUCAGGGUCAAAUGACACAAAAAAAAUGUAGUCUCUUACUUUUCCGAUGAAAUCUUGACAUGCGAACUUAGAAAAAGCCCAGCAUCUACGCCCAUCCGAACGAAUUCUGGUAGAAGAGUUUGCAGACCUGUGACGAAGCCGACAAACGUGGUUAAGAUCGCAAGGAGGUGUGAUUCUUGAUGUAUCUGUCACAGAAAGAAUUACGUCUCCGCCUUAAACGUAACGUGCGAAAUUCUUGUUUGAUUAACAUCUAGACAUGGGAAUCACCAAUACGAUAUUCACGACAUGUAAACCACAUCCACCACUGUA